AUGCGUAUUUUUGUGAACGACGACCGCCAUGUGAUGGCCAAACAUUCGGCCGUUUACCCUACGCAGGAGGAGCUGGAGGCGGUUCAGAACAUGGUGUCCCACACCGAGCGAGCGCUCAAAGCUGUGUCCGACUGGAUCGACGAGCAAGAAAAAGUCAGUGGGGAGCAGCCAGAAACAGAGUCCAUGGAGACGGCAGCCGAAGAGGAAAACAAGGAAGGAGGGGAUCAGAAGGCCACAGAGCAGUUGACUAGGACCCUGCGUGGAGUGAUGCGUGUCGGGCUUGUAGCAAAAGGCCUGUUACUGAAGGGGGACUUGGAUCUUGAGCUAGUUCUUUUGUGCAAAGAUAAACCCACCACAGAUCUCCUGGAGAAAGUAGCUGACAAUCUUGGCGUACAGCUUGCUGCUAUUACCGAAGACAAAUAUGAAAUAAUCCAGUCGGUUGGUGAUGCUGCAAUUGUAAUUAAGAACACAAAAGAGCCGCCGCUGACACUGACCAUCCACUUGACGUCGCCUGUAGUCAGAGAAGAAAUGGAAAAGCAGUUAGCUGGAGAAACGCUAUCAGUCAACGACUCCCCGGACGUUCUGGACAGGCAGAAAUGCCUUGCUGCCUUGGCGUCACUGCGACACGCCAAGUGGUUCCAGGCCAGGGCUAACGGGCUGAAGUCGUGCGUCAUAGUGAUACGAGUGCUGCGAGAUCUGUGUACUCGGGUUCCUACUUGGGCACCGCUGAGAGGAUGGCCUCUAGAGCUGCUGUGUGAGAAAUCUAUCGGAACCGCUAACAGACCCAUGGGCGCUGGCGAGGCUCUGAGGAGAGUUCUUGAAUGCCUUGCCUCGGGAAUCGUUAUGCCAGAUGGUUCUGGUAUUUAUGAUCCUUGUGAAAAAGAAGCCACUGAUGCUAUUGGGCAUCUAGACAGACAACAAAGGGAAGAUAUCACACAGAGUGCUCAGCAUGCUCUGAGACUUGCUGCUUUUGGCCAGCUUCACAAAGUCUUGGGGAUGGAUCCCCUACCUUCCAAAAUGCCCAAGAAACCAAAGAAUGAAAAUCCUGUUGACUAUACUGUUCAAAUUCCUCCCAGUACAACGUACGCUGUCACCCCAAUGAAGCGUCCGAUGGAGGAGGACGGAGAGGAGAAAUCUCCCAGCAAAAAGAAAAAGAAGAUUCAGAAAAAAGAGGAAAAACUUGAACCUCCCCAGGCCAUGAAUGCACUGAUGAAACUAAACCAGCUAAAACCUGGGCUCCAGUACAAACUCGUCUCUCAGACCGGUCCUGUUCACGCUCCUAUCUUUACAAUGUCUGUGGAAAUCGAUGGCAGCACGUUUGAGGCGUCGGGACCUUCCAAAAAGACGGCCAAAUUGCACGUGGCAGUGAAGGUGUUGCAAGAUAUGGGUUUGCCCACAGGGGUGGAAGGCAAAGAAUCUGGGAAAGGAGACGAAUCAGCAGAGGAAACUGAACAGAAACCAGUCGUCGUCGCUCCUCCGCCUGUAGUAGAAACUGUCUCGACGCCCACGGCUGCUUCUCCUCCUUCAGAUCAAACCCCAGAGAAUGUGAAACAACAGGGACCAAUUCUGACGAAGCACGGCAAGAAUCCCGUGAUGGAGCUUAACGAGAAACGGCGCGGGCUGAAAUACGAACUGAUUUCAGAAACGGGUGGCAGCCACGACAAGCGCUUUGUCAUGGAGGUGGAGGUUGACGGGCAGAAAUUCCAAGGAGCCGGUUCGAAUAAAAAGGUGGCAAAAGCCUACGCUGCUCUGGCCGCGCUAGAGAAGUUGUUUCCGGAUGCUCCCGUUGCCAUUGAGCAAAACAAGAAGAAGAGAGCCCCCGUGCCGGCUAGGGGAGGACCCAAGUUUGCAGUAAAACACAACCCGGGUUUCGGAAUGGGAGGCCCCAUGCACAACGAAGUGCCCCCUCCGCCCAACAUGCGCGGGCGUGGAAGAGGCGGCAACAUCCGAGGCCGCGGGAGAGGCAGGGGUGGAUUCGGCGGCAACCACGGCGGCUACAUGAACGCAGGUGCUGGGUACGGAAGCUAUGGUUAUGGAGGAAAUUCCGCGACGGCAGGCUAUAGCCAGUUCUACAGCAACGGCGGCCACUCCAACUCGGGGAGCGGCGGCGGAGGCGGCGGCGGCUCCUCCGGCUACGGCGGCUCCUACUACCAGGGCGGCGAUAACUACAACUCGCCGGUUCCUCCGAAACACGGCGGAAAGAAACAGCAGCACGGAGGACAGCAAAAACCUUCCUACGGUUCGGGGUACCAGUCCCACCAGGGCCAGCAGCAGCAGUCCUACAACCAAAACCAGUACAGUAACUACGGCCCGCCGCAGGGCAAACAGAAAGGCUACAACCACGGCCAAGGCAACUAUUCCUCCUACUCCAAUUCUUACAACUCGCCUGGCGGCGGAGGCUCCGAUUACAACUACGAGAGCAAAUUCAGUUACGGCGGCAACAGCGGCCGCGGAGGCGGAGGAAAUAACUACUCGGGAGGUGCCUCCUACAACACCGGUUCACACGGUGGCUAUGGGGGAGGAUCUGGGGGCGGAGGGUCUUCGUACCAAGGUAAGCAAGGCGGAUAUUCCUCUCAGUCCAACUACAACUCCCCCGGCUCAGGCCAAAAUUACAGCGGCCCCCCCAGCUCCUACCAAGCGUCCCAAGGCGGCUACGGCAGAAACGACCACAGCAUGAAUUACCAGUACAGAUAAAGCCGCCCUUUCCUCCGCGGGCGCGGAGCUUUGUUACCUCCCGUGCUCGCCCACCCUUUGAAUAUUCAGUUUUAUGGCAUCACGGUAAACACGUAAACCCCCCC